AUGCCGGCACCUGCACGCAAGAGCAGCGUCGGGUCCCGACGCCCGCCCCAGAGAUACAUCCCAUAUCGCGCGGACGAUUUCCAACAUGGCAAGAAGACCGGAAUCGCUGUUGCAUAUGUCGACCACAAGUCGGACGAGUUCGAGCCGUUCGACAAGGUGAUGAGCCAGGCCGACGCGCGCACGCCGCCCAGAGUACAGAAUGCGCGGAAGAAGCGCACUCCGAAGCCGAAAACCCCCAUUAUCGAGCAGUAUGAAGAUGACGAGAAUGGGGAAAUGUCCAUGGAGCUCGAGGACAGUGAUCCGUCUGCAUACUUUGCGCAUACACGCGUGAAUACAAUCACCUCAAGUGCUAGACGUGUUGGGUCGUCCUCACGCCCAGUAGCCCAGAGCUCUGAUGUGGACUUCGACAAAGUACCUUCUCCCCGUGACUCCUCCCCAAUCAUAACCGGUCGUCGAUCAAUUGGACUACCCCGCUCCCCAGGCCCGUCUCGACUUUCACAGUCCUUCGCAGCUCGGGAUGACCACGAUAACGGCCCUGAGGACGAUGGAGGCAUGGACUACGACGGAGGUGGCCUGGACUUCGAAGCGGGAGGGUUUGACUCGGAUGAUGACGAUGAUGUUGCUCCCGCACACUCAUCCCGGCAGGAGCAACAACACUCGAAGCGUCUCCACGGGCAGCCUGUGCGGCGUACCAGUUUCACUCAAAUGGAUCGAGAAGACGAAGAAGAGGAGGAGCAAGUUGAGGAGCUGGCAGCUGGACCACCCAGCGACAAAUCCAGAGGGAAACAGCGAGCCAAUGGCUUUGUUCCUUAUCGAGAUCCGGAGUUAGAGGAUGAGAUUGCUCAAGGUUUCGAGGAGGUCGAUCAGGGGCCAGUCGACGAGCAUAUGGACGACGGCAAGGAGCAAGAUGAAGAGCAAAGGCCGCGGAAACGAGGUGCCAAAGAAAGGGGCGAUGACGACAGCAACACGGACGGGUUGCGUCGCGGGAAGCGCACGCGGUAUAAGCCGCUGGAAUGGUGGCGGUGCGAGAAGGUGGUGUAUGGCCGGCGAGAGGGGGGGAUAUCGCUAGUACCGACGAUCAAGGAGAUCGUCCGUCUGCCAAAGGAGGAGCCUCAACCAUUAGGCGCUAAACACCGACGGAAGCGUCCGCCACGAAGUAAGAGCAAAACACUGGAGGUCGAGGCCGAAUUGGUGCUCAACCCAGAGGAGGGCUGGGACGAUGAAACCGAGAUAGAAGGCACGGUGAUCAACAUUGAUAGCGGCGAGGAGCUGCGGAAACGCAUAGCGUUCACGGCGAAGAUGGUGUCGCCGCGAGCAGCCGCAAACAACGACUUCUUUUUCCAGAAAAUCUUCGGGGAAGGCGAUUUCAUUGCGGCUGGGCAGCUCAUGAUCCCUCCUGGCGGGCAGAAGCCAACGAAAUCCUCAAAGGACAAUACCUACGUGUUCUACGUGAUCGAGGGCGCAGUUAACUUCAAGCUUCACCGUAAUAAUUACGUGAUUGCUACGGGAGGCAUGUUCCUUGUCCCGCGAGGUAAUUUCUACUUCAUACAAAACAUCUGCGAACGAGAAGCCAGACUCUUCUUCGCGCAAGCUCGCGAGAUGCGUGAAGGCGAGGAUGACGAUGAGGAGGAAGGACGUCGCUCUAGCUCACGGAGGCUCUCUGCGGGUUUGUUAGGCCACUCAUCCCGUAGUAAAUCAUAGCUGGCGCAAACGUUAAAUCAAAGAGCCUCAACGAAAGCAGUCUGAAGCGGUUAUUAUUUUCCAUGACCCUCAUUAUUAUAUGCUUAUUUCAUGCCCUAGCAUACGCCCCGUAGAUAGCCUCAUGUAUCGAAUAUGUUAAUGUAUGCUCCAGAUUCUGAG